AAAUAUAAAAAAAUCAUUUUAAACUUCUGAAAAAAGGUCUUAUCUUUUCUAUUUAAAUAAAUAAAAAUAAAUUGUGGGAAAUAUGUCACUGGUGUACAUAACAUACCACAAUGAAAAUAUUCACGAUAUUGAAAAACCAACAUCAGCUGAAAAACAUUAUAAAUUUCCAAAAUAUAUUUCCAUUCAUCGUGAAUCGGUUAAAAAUCCUCCAAUCAAUCAAAUCGAGUGCCAAGGAAAGAAAAUCAUAUCUGCAUCAAGAAAAUAUUCCCAUAAAACAUUAGGCUACGCUGAAACUCCAUUGGAUGAUCCUUCAAAGUUCUUGAAGAAAAACGGCGGUAUUAAAUGGCAACGUUUGAAUGAUCACGUUUGUCCUCCCAGCAAAGAAUUGCCACCAAUUCCAAAGAAGGAAAAUAAACACGAAAACGCUUCAAAUGAAGUAAAUUUUAUCAAGAAGAAUAUCAAACGAGUGAAGACUGCAACACCACAACGUGUAACUCCCAAAUAUGUUGAUACCGCUGUAGGUGAACGACAUAAUUUAGAUGGAACUGGUCUUGUCCCGAAGCAUGUAUUGUCGAAAAAAUUCGGAAAAACUCCGACAUAUUUAAAUGGGAUUAGAAAAGCACUCGAAGAAAAUAAGUGCUACAAGCUUAAGGAACCAAAUGAAGUCGCUCAUGGUGUUCAAAUUCUUAGCAAUGCUGAUCGGAAUGCAAUUUUAAUGGGCUUGCGUGAAAAUCAUUCAGAAUUGGAGAAAACUUAUCAGCUUUUACCUAUUUUUACUGAUACUCAUUCAAAGAAACAACGAAAGGCAAAACUUGAGCAAGAACUGAAGCGCUUAGAACAAGACAUACUUUUAAUGGAGUCUAAUCCAGUAAUUUUGAUUUGUGAUGAUUGAUAAAUCAAAUAAUGUAAAAUUGCGAUUGAAUGGCAUGAAAUAAAAGACUAUACAAAAAUAA